AUGUCUAAGGCACAGUUCCUUCGGGAAUACAAACUCGUCGUCGUCGGCGGUGGUGGUGUCGGUAAAUCUUGCCUGACCAUCCAACUGAUCCAAUCGCAUUUCGUCGACGAAUAUGAUCCGACUAUUGAAGAUUCCUAUCGAAAACAAUGCGUUAUCGACGAUGAAGUCGCUCUCCUCGAUGUUUUAGAUACAGCCGGUCAGGAGGAGUACUCCGCCAUGAGAGAACAAUAUAUGAGGACAGGAGAGGGUUUCCUUUUGGUCUACUCCAUCACCUCCAGAACCUCUUUUGAAGAAAUUAUCCAGUUCCAGCAGCAAAUCCUAAGGGUCAAGGAUAAGGACUAUUUCCCAUUAGUCGUUGUUGGAAACAAGUGCGAUUUGGAAACCGAAAGGCAGGUAUCCACACAAGAGGGUCGAAGUUUGGCUGAUUCCUUCGGCUGCCCAUUUAAGGAGACAUCCGCCAAGGCUCGUAUCAAUGUUGACGAAUCUUUCUAUGAAUUGGUUCGCGAGAUCAGAAGAUACAACAAGAACCCUGAUGACCAUAAAGGCAAGGACGGAAGCCGCGAUAACGGGAAUGACGACCCGAACGGCCCGAGCCCGGCCUGCAAGUGUGUUAUGCUUUGA